AUGGAGGCAGAGCCUGUUGUUGCAGGGUCACUCACACGGCCCUGCGUGAAGUGUCAUGCCCAGGAGGCGACCCUUGACAGCAGGUCACAGCCCGUGUGCAGAGACUGCUUCACAAAGUUCAUCGCCACCAAGUGCAUCAAGCAGAUCGGCAUCCUCGGCAAGGAGACCCGGCCGCCCCCUUCCGCGACAGGCAGCGGACCGGCCCAGGGCACCCGCCGCUACCUCCUUGGCCUCUCGCUGGGCGUCUCCUCCACCGUGCUGCUGCACCUGCUCAACGAAAACGUCGAGUUCCAGCUCGCCCGGGGCCGCAACGCCCCCUUCGACCUCGUCGUCGUGCACAUCGACCACACCCAACCCACCACCACCCCCACCCCCCCUUCAACCGGCCCGCACCAGCCAAACCCAACAACAACAACCCCUGCCUCCCGCGCCUUAGACCCCUACCGCCGCCGCUACCCGCGCUUCACCUUCCACUGCAUCCCCCCGCUGCCAAGCCACCCCUACCACCCUGCCGCCCCCCAUCUCGAUUCCCUCAACAGCAGCAGCAGCAGCAGCAGCAGCAGCAGCAGCAGCAGCGCCGCCGCGUCCGCGGCAGCUUCCCGCACGGAUAUCCGCCGGCUGCUGACGCGGCGCGCGCUGCUGGCGGCCGCGCGCGCGCACGGCUGCCAGGCGCUGCUGCUGGGCCACAGCACGACGGCGCUGGCGGAGCUGACGCUCGCCGAGGCGGCCAAGGGGCGCGGGUUCGCGCUGCCGUGGCUGGUGCGGGACGGGCCUGCUGGUGUUGCCGUUGGUGGUAGUGGUGGUGGUAGCGAGGAGAGCGGGCGCGCGGAGGAGAGUGGCAACGAAGCGAACGAGGUGCCCGUGCUCGUGUACCACCCGCUGCGGGACGCGCUGCGCAAGGAGCUGGUGACGUACGCGGAUCUGGUCGGGAUUGCGGAUCUCGUGGCGGAUCGCCACCCUAGCCAUCAAGGGAACGGGAACCGGAACGGAACCGCAAACGGAACCGCAAACGGCCCGGCAGCCGUGGUGUCGCAUCGGGAUCUGAGCAUCGAGGACGUGAUGGCGCGGUAUUUUGCCGACGUGGAGGAGAAUUACCCCUCGGUUGUGGCCAACGUCGCGCGGACGACGGGGAAGCUGGUGAGGCUCGAGGACGCCGGAGGUGGCCGGUGCGGGCUGUGCGGUCUGCCGCUGGAUGAAGGGGGCGAUGAGAGGUGGAGGGGGGAGCUGGGCCUGGGGGCACCCGCGAGGAUAGGGAAUGGGGAGAGGGAGAGCAGGUUGUGUUACGGGUGUGAGAGGUCAACGGCUGGGUGA